AUGAAUUUCCUCCGGAGGCGUCUCUCAGACAGUAGUUUUGUGGCAAACUUGCCCAACGGCUACAUGAUGGACUUGCAACGCCCUGACAACUCCACGAGUUCCCCGGUUUCUCCUGCCAUGGAGAGAAAGCAUCCGCAGCCACCGCAGCCCUCACACUCUUCCUCUACUGGGACCAGCAUCUUCAGCUCCAUCUCCAGUGCCAUGAAGCAAACCACGCAAGCGGCUGCAGGACUAAUGGAUCACUCAGCCAGUCCCACGCUACCUGUGGCCCAGAAACCCAAGAUCCUCCUGGUGAUCGACGAUGCGCACACAGACUGGGCCAAAUAUUUCCAGGGGAAGAAGGUGAAUGGAGAAUUUGAUAUCCGAGUGGAACAGGCUGAGUUCUCCGAGCUGAACCUGGCUGCUUACGUCACGGGUGGCUGCAUGGUGGACAUGCAAGUCAUGAGGAACGGCACUAAGGUGGUCAGCAGGUCCUUCAAGCCCGACUUUGUCCUGAUCCGGCAGCAUGCCUACAGUAUGGCGCUGGGAGAGGACUUCCGCAGCCUCAUUAUCGGUCUCCAGUACGGUGGCAUCCACACGGUCAACUCCCUCUACUCCAUCUACAACUUCUGCAGCAAGCCCUGGGUGUUCUCUCAGCUCAUUAAAAUCUUCAACUCGUUGGGUCCUGAGAAGUUCCCCCUCGUGGAGCAAACUUUCUUCCCGAGCCAUAAGCAGAUGUAUCCUGAGCUGUGA